CUGGGAAGAUCAAGAUGGCCCUUCAUCGUCUUAAAGGACAUGGUGCGAAUGUUGGAAAUCGUGUUGGUAUUCAACUCGACAAAGACUUCGUCCUCUUCCAGGGGUCUGAACAAGAGGCGCUGGCGGUAUACCUCAGCGGGAUCCUCUCUCUCCGAUUGAAAGAAACAACAACUAUCAAGUACAUUCGAUUACAUCUCCGUGGUGUGCGACGGGUAUCAUCUGACACUCAAAGCAGUCUCCCAGCACGCACCGGACGGAAAAGAUUCUGCAGCGAGAACGAGUUCUACAGCCGAACGUGGAAUUUUUUUGACGGAUACCGAGAAGCACCAAUGACGGUGCCGGCCGGGGAGUACAAGUAUCCGUUCGACGUGGUUAUGGAAGGGUCGUUGCCGGCAUCGGUAGAAGGCAUGAAGGAAGCGUCGAUCUCGUACUUGUUCACUGUCGAGAUUGGGCGACGACACGGCCGCGAUAUCACAUUCGACAAGCCACUACGUGUGAUCAGGGUCCCUGACCUGGAGCCGUGCUCCCACGACUUUGCUUUGGAUGAAGUAUGGGCGAACAAGAUCGCAUAUCGUAUUGGCAUCCAGAACCGGACUGUCGCAUUAGGCACCCGCAUAGAUGUAGACUAUGUCUUUGCCCCUCUCUUGAGGGACAUGAAGAUUGCAUUCAUCGAGUCACAGCUUCUGGAGGUCCGCGACCUUAGCGUGGAACCGAACGACGGAGGAUCUGCUCACGCCGCCCGCACUGAGACUAUCGUCUGCAGCGAUCGGUAUACACUUGGCGAAGAGUAUUCCAGCAAAGCAUUGGAAUCGUACCAGUUCUCUCGAACACUUCAACUUCCACAGGCUCUUGGACAUUGCGUACAAGAUACGGAGGAUAUGGGCGUCAGAGUCAGUCACAAGUUGAAGAUCCAUGUUCGGAUGCAUAAUCCAGACGGUCAUGAAAGCGAACUCCGUCUGGCCAUUCCGGUUCUAAUAUACCUAUCCCCGUACUAUCGCGUAUGGGAAGAUUCGUUUUGUGGUGAGACGAUACCGCUCCCAGAAACACUGAACCCAAGCGACGAGUGUCCACCAGCGUACGGAAUGCAUGAGUUAGAUCAGUUGUAUAUGCCACAGGAUUAGUGGCUUGA